AAAAACUGUGCUGAGCUGUACAAAUCCGGUCAAACGCUGAGUGGUAUUUACACAAUCGACCCAGAUGGUUCAGGAGCCUUUAACGUAUCUUGUGACCAAACUACUUCUGGCGGGGGAUGGACAGUCUUUCAGAAGAGAAUGGAUGGCUCUGUUGAUUUCAACCGCACCUGGGAUGACUACAAAUAUGGCUUCGGUAACUUUACCGGUGAAUUUUGGCUCGGAUUGGAUAAAAUAAACCGCCUGACACGAAACAAGACAAACAACAUGCUUCGAGUAGAUCUGGGAAUAAAAACUGGAAAAACUGUUCACGCUGAGUAUGGCUGGUUUGGGAUUGGCAACGAAACGGCUAAGUACCGGCUGUUCAUUGGCAAUAAGACUAGUUCGUAAACCCUUCCUUUUCUUUCAUCGUUUGGAUUUAUCUAUAAUUUUCGUCAUCCGUUCAGAGCCCUCUCUCCCUCCUCCUCUCCCCUCCCUCUCUCCCUCCCCUUCCACACGUAACACAUGAAUAAUGGUUUGUUCCUCUAACCGUCUGAUUUUAGUCCACUCUCGCUGGGUUGAGUCCAAGCUCCUCUGUUGAAAAUGUUACUUUGCUUUGGAGUUUGCAAUUCAAUGAUAAUACAGUUACCGAACUCAGCUCCAGAAAAAUAUUAUAGUUGAUUUACUCUCUGACUUGCCCGCUAUUAACAAAAUCACGAUAUUUCUACUCUUCGAAUAAUAGUUAAUCAAUUAUCUUCAUCUGCCAUUGAAAAUUCAUGACGUUUAUGUUAGGAGAAAUCUUUUUAAUCGAAGCAGUAUGUAGCUACUGUUUAAAUUGAGUUUUGUUCUGCUUGCGUUUUUGUUCGCUUUGGUUUUUGUUUGGUGUUUGUUCGUUUGUUUGUUUUGCAAAAACAUCAAGCUUGGCACCUCCAAGGUGUUAGCAUGAUCCUAAUGCUGAUUCAUUUCUUUUUUGGUUUGUUUUGUUUUCAGAUGAGACUGUGAUCACUGAUUCCCUCGGUCGUCAUAGGAAUCUCUCUUUUGGUACCUGGGACAGAGAUCCUCAUAAUUGUGAUGAAAAGAUAGGCGGAGGCUGGUGGUAUGGAAAUUGUGCUGUUUGGUCAAAUCUCAACGGGCUUUACUUUGGUGAUAAGACCUCGCGGGCAAUCUACUGGAGUAUGUUAGGUACCAUUCCAGAGGAAAGCAUUCCCAAAUCAGCAGAAAUGAAAAUUAGACCAGUGGACUUCGUUUCUCCUUUUUAG